CUAGAAAAGGUCUGCGGCGCUGGCGUGGCGCCGGCUGGGCGGCGGUGGUGGUGGUGGUUGUAAGGGCUCCCAACAGUGCUGGAACCCCUCGCCCGCCGCGCGGCGGGAGGGGAGAGGAAUGAGGUUCAGAAAGGGACAGACAGUUGCCAGCAGCCACACAGCAAGUACCUCACCGGACCUCUGCUUCCAGUCCCCAGCGCGUUCCCACCAUGGCCUUCUGGACGCAGCUAAAGCUGCUGCUGUGGAAGAAUUUGCUGUAUCGCAAGAGGCAGCCGAUCCAGCUUCUUGUGGAGCUGUUGUGGCCCCUUUUUCUCUUCUUCAUCCUGGUGGCUGUGCGCCAGUCCCACCUGCCAGUGGAGCAUCAUGAAUGCCACUUUAACAACAAGCCGCUGCCCUCUGCGGGCACCUUCCGUUGGCUCCAGGGGCUUAUCUGCAGUGCCAACAACACCUGCUUCCCGGAGACCACCCCAGGCGAGGAGCCGGGGAUCGUGAGCAACUUCAAUGACUCUCUGGUAUCCAGGUUCAUCACAGACAUCCUGAGUGUCUUGGAGAGCCCCAGUACCCACAGGACGCUGGACAGCCUGGGAAAACUGAUGCCCACGCUCAAUGCCACUGCCUGGCCUCAGGUAUGGCACCAUAUGAAGGAGAAUCCAGCCCAACUUAAGGCACUACUGGGUACAUUACUGCAAGAGAAUGCCACACUGGGUCUAACACAGAAGACCGUGGGUGAUUUUGUGGGGGACGCAACAGACCUGGUACAGGAGCUCCUAACACUGCCCAGCCUGCUGGAACUAAGGACCCUGCUCCAGAGGACCCCACAAACAAACAGGGGCCUGGAGGUGAUGUCCGCAGCCCUCUGCAGUGGCAAGGGGCCACGCAGCCGCAGGGGGCUCUCCCUGAGCUGGUAUGACAACAGUGACGUGAAGGACUUCGCCGGGUCGGACCCAGGGCUGGUGCCCCCGGACGAGAACCUGAGCCCUGCCUGUGAGAAGCUAAUACAGAACAUGGAAGGAGAGGUACUGUUCAGCGUUUUCUGGAGGCGUCUGAAGCCACUGCUACUGGGAAAAGUGCUCUUCACGCCAGACACAGCCUUCACGAGGCAACUCAUGGCCCAGGUGAACCAGACCUUCCAGGAGAUGGCUCUGCUCAAGGACAUACAGGAGGUGUGGCAGUCGCUGGGACACCAGGUCUUCAGCUUCCUGAACGACAGUGCCAAUGUGGCUUUACUGCAGACGCUCCUGCAAAUGCAGAAUGGAGACAGCGGGAAGCCCAGACCUGGAGGCAAGGAUGCGGAGAAGGCCCUUCACGCCUUUCUGGACCCUUCCAGGGGCGGGUACAGUUGGCUGGACGCCCGCGCGGAUUUGGAGCAAAUGAUGGGCACGCUGGGCCUAGUGGCAGAGUGCAUGAUCCUGGACAAGCUGGAGGCGGUGCCGACCGAGGAGGCCCUGGUAGGGCGGGCCGUGAAGCUGCUCACUGAGCACAGCUUCUGGGCCGGUGUCGUCUUUCUGGGAUUGGAGGAAUCCCAGGAUCCCAGCCACCUGCGCAUCAAGAUCCGGAUGAACAUCGAUGAAGUCAUGGAAACCCAUAAGAUCCGGAACAGGUUUUGGGACCCCGGCCCCGCAGCUGAUCCGCUGACAGACCUGCGCUACGUGUGGGGCGGCUUCGUGUACCUGCAAGACCUGCUGGAGCGCGCAGUCGUGCGCAAACUCAGCGGUGCGGUGCCCCGCACCAGCCUCUACGUGCAGCAGAUGCCCUACCCGUGCCACGUGAAUGAUGCGUUCCUGAGCGUGCUGGGCCGAUCACUGCCCCUCUUCCUGACGCUGGCCUGGAUCUAUUCCGUGGCGAUGACCGUGAAGGCCGUGGUUCGCGAGAAGGAGAAACGGCUGCGCGACACGAUGCGUGCCAUGGGGCUGAGCCGCGGGGUGCUGUGGCUUGGCUGGUUCUUCAGUUGCAUCGUGCCUUUCCUUAUCAGCGCUGCGCUGCUCGUGCUGGUGCUCAAGCUGGGGGACAUUCUCCCUUACAGCCACCCAGUGGUUCUCUUCGUGUUCUUCGCGUCCUUCGCGCUGGCCACGGUGGUCCAGAGUUUCUUGCUGAGCGUCUUCUUCUUCCGAGCCAACCUGGCGGCGGCCUGUGGAGGCCUCGCCUACUUUGUGCUCUAUCUGCCUUACGUCUUGUUGGUGGCCUGGCGGGACCAGUUGCCCCCGGGCGUCCACGUGGUGACGAGCCUCCUAUCCCCCGUCGCCUUUGGAUUUGGCUGCGAGAGCCUGGCGCUGCUGGAGGAGCAGGGGACGGGCGCACAGUGGCACAACCUGGGCACGGGCCCUGCUGGCGAUGUCUUCAGCCUGGGCGAGGUCUCGCUCCUUUUGGUAUUCGAUGCUGUACUCUACAGCCUGAUCACUUGGUACCUGGAGGCUGUGUACCCAGGCCAGUAUGGGAUCCCUGAGCCGUGGAACUUUCCAUUCCGGAGGAGCUACUGGUUUGGACCUCGGUCCCCCAAGACUCUCGCCCCACCUUCUGUAACGCAGGACCUGCAAGUGCUGGUAGAGGAGGAGCCGCCAGGUCUGACGGCAGGGAUCUCCAUACGUGGCCUGGAAAAGCGCUUUCCUGGUAACCCCCAGCCCGCCCUGCGAGGCCUCAGCCUGGACUUCUACAGCGGUCACGUCACUGCCUUCUUGGGCCACAACGGGGCCGGCAAGACCACCACGAUGUCCAUCCUGACCGGCCUCUUUCCACCCACGGGGGGCUCCGCCUUCAUCUUGGGGCACGAUAUUCGGUCCAGCAUGGAUGCCAUCCGUCCUUACCUGGGCAUCUGCCCACAAUACAAUGUUCUCUUUGACAGGCUGACCGUGGCUGAGCACGUUUGGUUCUACGGGCGGCUGAAGGGUGUGAGCACUUCUGCUUUGCGCCUGGAGCAGAGCCGUCUGCUGGAGGACGUGGGGCUGACGCCCAAGCACGGCACAGAGACUCGACACCUCUCAGGCGGGAUGCAGCGUAAGCUUUCUGUGGCCAUUGCCUUUGUGGGCAGCUCCAAGGUGGUUUUCCUGGAUGAACCCACAGCGGGUGUGGACCCUGCUUCCCGCCGCAGCAUCUGGGAGCUUCUGCUCAAAUACCGAGAAGGUCGCACGCUGAUCCUGUCCACACACCACCUGGACGAGGCAGAGCUCCUGGGGGAUCGUGUGGCCAUAAUAGCAGCCGGCCGCCUGUGCUGCUGCGGGUCACCGCUCUUCCUGCGCCGGCAUCUGGGCUCUGGCUACUACCUGACCCUGGUGAAGGCGGCACCGCCCCUGGCCGGCAGUCGGAAGGACAGUGCCGACGUGAAGGAACAUGUGGACGCUGGGCAGGCAGGGACAGCAGACCACGUGGACAGCAUAGCCAGCCAGGGCCCGCCGGGGCUCAGUCGAGGUGUUUCCCAGAUACUGGCCUUGGUGCAGCGCUGGGUGCCGGGGGCGCAGCUGGCGGAGGUGCUGCCUCACGAGCUGGUGCUGACCUUGCCCUACGCGGGGGCCCUGGACGGCAGCUUCGCCGGGCUCUUCCAGGACCUGGACCUGCAUCUGCAGGAGCUGGGACUUUCUAGCUACGGGAUCUCUGAUACCAGCAUGGAGGAGAUCUUCCUGAAGGUGAUCGAGGAAAGUGCGGAAGACACAAAUCUGGAGCAGGAGGCUGCAGAUGGUAGCAGCAAGCAGUUCCCACGCGCGGGCAUCGCUCCGGCAGACCUGGUCACGCGGUUCAAGGCCAAGGUGGUGCCCAAGCAGUCAGCCCUGGAGAACGGAGAACUGGGGGCCUCGCUGGAGACGCAGGCCCUGCAGGCCCUGGAGCCCGGCACGCCAAACCGCGUCACCGGGUGCGCCCUGAUCCUUCAGCAGCUGGGUGCGCUGUUUCUCAAACGCUUCUUGCUGGCCUGCCGCAGCCGCAGGAGCAUAUUUGCCCAGGUCAUCCUCCCGGCCCUGUUUGUGGGCCUGGCCCUGACCUUCAGCCUGAUCGUUCCGCCGUUCGAGUACUACCCAGGGCUGGUCCUCAACACCAGCAUGUACGACCCCCAGAUGACCUUCUUCAGUGAUGACACUCCGGGGAACCCUGAACGGAGUCUCCUGCUUCAGAAUGUGCUGGAAGAAGCUGGGUGGGAGAACCCAGACCUGGAAAAGAACAGGAGCAGCAGACCCAAGUUUCCUGAAGACACGACACUCGGCGUGGGCAGGGCGAACUGGACGCUCUGGUCUCCUUCGGCCUCCUGUCAGUGCAGCCGGCCCGGGGCCCGCCGCCUGCUGCCUGACUGUCCGGUGGAAGCCGGGGGGCCCCCGCCACCCCAGGUGCUGACCCGCUCCGGAGAAAUCGUGCAGAAUCUCACGGGCCGGAACCUGUCCGAUUACCUGGUGAAGACUUACCCGGGCCUCGUGCGCCCGGGCCUGAGGACCAAGAAGUGGGUGAAUGAGGUCAGGUAUGGAGGUUUCUCACUGGGAGGCCCAGACCUGAGCCAGCCAUCAGGACAAGGUGUCAGUGACUCCCUGGAGAAGUUGAAGGUGCUGAUGAACCUCCAAGACGAUGGGCCUCUGGCCCGCCUCUUGCAGAAGCUUACAGAGCGGGUUCACCACUGGGACACCUGGAAUAACCUCAAGAUCUGGUUCAACAACAAGGGCUGGCACGCCAUGGUGGCCUUUGUGAACCGAGCCAACAAUGCCCUCCUCCGUGCCCACCUGCCCCCGGACUCCCGCCGCGCCCACAGCAUCACCACUGUCAACCACCCCCUGAACCUCACCAAGACGCAGAUGUCCGAGGCCGCACUGAUGGCCUCCUCGGUGGAUGUGCUGGUGUCCAUCUGCGUGGUCUUCGCCAUGUCCUUCGUCCCAGCCAGCUUCACCCUUGUCCUCAUUGAGGAACGCACCACUGGAGCCAAGCACCUGCAGUUCAUGGGGGGGCUGCCCCCCACCCUCUACUGGUUCAGCAACUUCCUCUGGGACAUGUGUAACUACUUGGUGUCGGCGUGCAUUGUGGUGGUCAUCUUUCUGGCCUUCCAGCGGAAGGCCUAUGUGGCGGCCCCCAACCUGCUGGCCCUGGUGCUGCUGCUGCUCCUGUAUGGCUGGUCAAUCACGCCCCUCAUGUACCCAGCCUCCUUCUUCUUCACCGAGCCCAGCACGGCGUAUGUGGCACUCACCUGCGUCAAUCUCUUCAUCGGCAUCAACGGCAGCAUGGCCACCUUCGUGCUAGAGCUCUUAUCGGAGGAGAACCUGCAGAAUGUGAACCGGAUCUUGAAACGGGUCUUCCUGAUCUUCCCCCACUUCUGCCUGGGACGGGGUCUUAUCGACAUGGUGCGGAACCAGGCCAUGGCUGAUGUGUUUUCAUAUCUGGGAGAAGACUCUUUCCAGUCCCCCCUGCGCUGGGAUGUGACUGGCAAGAACCUUCUGGCCAUGUUGGUGCAGGGGCCUCUCUUCCUCCUUGUCACACUCCUGCUGCAACACCGGGACCGCCUGUGGCUACAACCCAAGCCCAGACCGCUGCCACCCCUGGAGGAGGAGGACGAGGACGUGGCUCGUGAGCGGCAGCGGGUGACCCAAGGGACAGCAGAGGGGGAUGUGUUGGUGCUCAAAGACCUGACUAAGGUGUACUGCAGGCAGAGAACCCCGGCUGUCAACCGUCUGUGCCUGGGGAUCCCCCCUGGUGAGUGUUUCGGACUGCUGGGUGUAAACGGCGCUGGGAAAACCACCACAUUCCGCAUGGUGACAGGGGACAUGCUGCCCAGCAGGGGUGAGGCCGUGCUGGCAGGUCACAGUGUGACCAAGGACCCCACGGCUGCCCACCUUCAUAUGGGCUACUGCCCGCAGUUCGAUGCCAUCUUCUCGCAGCUCACCGCGCGGGAGCACCUACAGCUGUUUGCACGUCUGCGUGGUAUCCCCGAGGCGCAGGUUGCCCAGACAGCAAGCCGCGGACUGGUGCGCCUGGGUCUCCAGCAGUAUGCGGACCGGCCCGCGGGCACCUACAGUGGGGGCAACAAGAGGAAGCUGGCCACAGCGGUGGCGCUGGUGGGAGAGCCUGCCGUGAUCUUCCUGGAUGAGCCGACCACGGGCAUGGACCCCGGUGCACGGCGUUUCCUCUGGAACAGCCUUCUGUCGGUGGUCCGAGAGGGCCGCUCCGUGGUGCUCACCUCACACAGCAUGGAGGAGUGUGAGGCCCUUUGCACGCGCCUGGCCAUCAUGGUGAACGGGAGGUUCCGCUGCCUGGGCAGCGUGCAGCACCUCAAGAACAGGUUCGGGUCCGGCUACACUUUGACGCUGCGGGUACCUGCGGCGCGGUCGGAAGGCGCCCAGGCCUUCGUGGCGGAGGUCUUCCCGGGGGCCCAGCUGCGCGAGGCCCACGGUGGCCGCCUGAGCUUCCAGCUGCCGCUGGGAGGGCGCUGCACCCUGGCGCACGUCUUUGGCGAACUGGCGGCCCGCGGUGCCCAGUGCGGCGUGGAGGACUUCUCCGUGAGCCAGACCACGCUGGAGGAGGUCUUCCUGCAUUUUUCCGAGGAUCAGGGCAGAGAGGAUGAGCGGGAGAGAGAAGAGGGGGAGGAUGAGGCCCCAGGUCCCCAGCGCCCCAAAUUCAUCACCCAGUUCCUGGAUGACCGCUCAGAGGUGGAGACGGUGCUUUGAGACCCUUUCCCCUGGGGCUGGGGGCUGGUCUAGAGCUGGGGGAGGGGGCGUGUCUCAGGCUCCUGGGGGAG